CUGCCGUCUUGGAUGAGACAACCUGACAAACAUGAGCAGUUCAGGCAAUCGGGGGCCUGGAACGCGGUUUAUCCGGGGCCGAAGCGGGACGGGGAUUUGCCUACCUAAUCAAUCCUUUGGGGAAAGCGCGCGCGCAUCGCAUCCCGUAAGCAUACCGCGAUAAUAGAAGGAGCAACCCCAGCACUCUAUGAGCGGGCAGCGAAUCCAGCUGUCAAGCACAGAGACUAUCUCGAUCUCGGGGCGAUGAGCUACCCACCGCCUCAUAACGGCCACUAUCCACCGCAGUACCUGCAGCAACCCACGCAACAGCAGCAAUUACCACCACCACCACUGCAGCCGCCGCCGCCGCCGCAGCAGCAGUUACCGUAUAAUGGCGCGCCCAACAUCCCGCCAUUUCACUAUGGAAAGCCCGUCAUGUACCCGCAGGUCAUGGUCCCGACCUACAACGCGUAUGCGCAGGCGUAUAACGCACAGCGACCACCUCAUCCGCCUCCACAGCAGUUUGUGAAUCCAGCAGUGUUCCAGCAGUCACCCGUCCAUACUUCCCCGUCGUCCCAGUUCAUCCAUGGGUCUCCCACUCCCGCACCCAUUCAUACCCAAUAUGGCAGACAGCCAGCGGUUUCGAUGGCAGGGACUGCGGUUCCCACGACGGGUGCUUCGACCCCGUCUGCCUACUACAGCACCCUCGCUUCAAACGGCUCUGUCCCUGUAAACCAGAGCACUCCUAAACCCCUCCCGCAAACUACGUCUCUCCCACGAACCCCCGUUCCAAAACCAACAGGCCAACCUCAGCAACGGCCUAUUGCGACCCCUGCUACCCGUCCAACGCCCAACCCGCCCUCCCGCCCUGUCCCACAGGUGUUGGUUCCAGCGCUGUCCCCCGAAGUACGACAAAAGAUGCAGCAGUCACCACAGAAGAAAAGGGUACAGAAACCACAAAGUCAACAACAGGUGGCGGAAAAGCCAGGAAAGCCUCCUGUGGAUUAUCAAGUGCUGCUAUUGUCUUUGGCAGACGAGUAUCUUAGUACUGCACAUAGUCAAGGGACCAUAGUCGCCCUGUCAAACCACGAACAGCGUAUCGAAGAAUAUCAUAAGCUGGUUGCGACUGGAUUAGGCUGCUUGGAAGCUGUGUUGAAGAAUUGGAGACUGCAGCCCCGAGUUGAAGCACUGGUGCGCUUGCGCUAUGCCCGCGUCUUGUUCGAAGAGACAGAUAAUGAUCUAGAGGCUGAAACCGCCCUUAGUAAAGGGAUUGACUUAUGCGAGAGAAAUCGUAUGCUUGAUUUGAAAUACAGUAUGCAGCAGCUCUUAGCGCGUAUGCUUCACAAAACAAACCCGAAGGCGUCCUUGAAAGCGGUUGAUGGUAUGAUCGAGGAUGUAGAAGCAUAUCGUCACACGGCUUGGGAGUAUGCUUUUCGCCUCCUUCGCACAUCGCUUUCACUAUCCAGUCCCUCCCAUCAAGAUUUUGUCUCGGCAACACACCACCUGCACAAAAUCAGCAAUCUAGCCAACCGGAAUGGCGACAGGGCUGUCUCUGUAAUGUCGGCGGUGAUCGAGGCACUCGCGCACCUGCAGCACUCCUCAAGCUCCGACUCAAUCGAGCAGGCCCGACGUGCUGUGGCUAUUGCACGGAGCCAUCAAUUAAACGAUGAAAUUCGCCGCAUACCUCAACUCAACACUCUUAUUCAAAUGAUUGAUAUAUGUUGCAGUCUUCUUGACUAUGAUAUUAAUCAAUCUGCUCAGAAACUCAAAAUAUUGCAGGACUUGAUGGACGAGAAACUGAACGACGACAGCUGGUCUGCUGAUGGAUCAUUCUCCGUCCCACUAAACGGGAAAUCGGUCGGUCCUUCCUCGAUCGACACUGGAGAUAUUCUGCAUGUACAGAAUGGCACUCUAGUCUUGACUUUCAACUGGCUACCCCAGCACGAUCUCUAUGCCCUGUGCUAUUUCUUGAGUGCUGUCACACUCAGUGCCAAGAAUUCUUAUGAUGGUCGAAAAGCGGAGAAGUUCCUCCAGGAAGGGUCCCGUAUGAUCAAAAGUAAUUUUCAGACCCCCCAAGAAAUUACAGAGUCAAUAUCGAAUGCGACCAGAAGGGUUGAAUGGCGCCGAAUGCUUUACUGCAAUAUUCUCCUCCAGCAGGUGUUCCUUUCGUGUGCUCGUACCGAUUGGGACCUUGCUCGCCAUUCGUUGGCAGACGUUCGGGAAGUGACUGAAGAGCUUAACACUGUCGAUACAGCAACCAUCGAAUGUUUGAUAGAGUACGCUGCUGGCAUCAUUGCGCAAGGCACUGGCGACUUGAAGGCAGCUCUUACUUUUUUCCAAUCCCCACUGCUCUCCCUGUCAUCAGGUGCUAGCAAAACGGCACGGAAUGAUCCUCGACGUGACCUGGCCAUCCUUGCCGCUCUCAAUGCCAUUACUAUUGUCCGCGACCCAGAACAUCCAGAACACCAUCGCCUCGCUAUUCUUCUUAACAGCAUCGAACCUUUUUGCAAGAGCAGUCCCAACAAAUAUCUUGAGGCGGCUUACUAUCUCGUCUGUGCCACAGUCCACACUGAAUCCACCAUUCAGACGAAACAGUUUCUUCAGCAAGCUCUUCAGUCCGCAACUGCCAUCAGUAACAGCCAGAUCACCUGUAUCACGUUGACGUUUAUGAGCUGGAAAUACUUUCGCGGCGUGGUCGGCGAGCAAGCCGAAAAGAGUGCUCGAGCUGGCCGAGCGAUGGCCAAACGAGCUAAUGAUCGAUUGUGGGUGAGCGUCACGGAUGAGAUGCUUGCUGAGACCCUAGAGAUACAAGGGAAGAAUGAUGAAGCAAGGGCAGUGAGAGAGGAGGGACAGCGAAUUAUCAUGGGAUUGCCUCCAACUUUGAAGAGAUCGGGGUAGGGAGUUUCCAUGUCGGUCGCCCAAGUUCUUUCUCUUUCUCUUUCUUAUGUUCUUUAUCUUUCUCCGUUUUUAUGAUACCAUGACACUUCAGCAUUGUGAUAUAGGAUCUGGAUCUGGGGUGCAAUAUUCAAAUCAGUAAUGACCGGGAAUAAUAGCAUCGAUACGGGUGUACGGUAUCAGUAUAUAGUUAGUAAUGAAGUUCAACCCACUCG